ACCGAUAUUAUCAAAUGUAUCAGGUCCAAAUUAUGUGAGUUUAUCUUUCCCACAAUUUAAUUCAUAUAACGAAUUUGAUUUUAUUACCAUGUUGAGAAAUAAUAUGAAUGUGAUCAUGAUAAACUCACUAAAUGAAAUGACCGAGACCCAAUAUGAUAAUUUCAUCGACCUUUACGCUAUUCAUUGUCAGAUCACUUAUAAUACUGUCAAAGAAAAUUAUUUGUACCCUGAUAAAUUAAAGGAGAAUAAUGAGCAAGAGAAAACUUAUACUCAAAUGUUUGGCCAAGCUGUUUAUGAAACAACUAGUUCAGAGGUGUAUACGAGUCCACAGCAACCAAAUCAACCAGGGACAUCAGGGUCUGCACCAAGUACUAGUACGACAAAUACUACUAAUUGUACCCGGUCUGCGGACAAAGGGAUCAGUUGUGAGGUUUGUGGUCGAGUUGAUCCACCCGUGCCUUCAGAGCCUUCAGUUCAUUGAGUCUUUGUCUCAAUUGUCUGGUGUCUGA